GAGGAAGGCCUAUGUUUUUCUUUAUUCAAAGUAAGAAAGAGACCAACAGACAGAAAUCAACUCUCAAUAAGAACGGUGGUAGGACUGCCUGGUACCCUUAAAGCGUCAGCGAAGAGUCGUGGGCAAGAAACGUAUUUAUUAUACAAUGACCAGCUCGUCGACUCCCAGAAUGCACACGUACAAGCGGACCUCAAGUCCCAGGUCCCCAACAAAUACUGGAGAGCUCUUCACACCAGCACACGAGGAGAAUGUGCGCUUCAUUCAUGACACUUGGAUGUGUGUUCUUAGAGAUAUCAAGUCCCCACAGAGCGAACGCAACGAACGUGGACCACAGGAAUACGUGGAGAAGAACCCAAAUCCUAAUCUGAAUUCAUUCACACCGAUUGACCUGAGUGACCUCAAGAAGCGCAACACACAAGACUCCAAGAAGUCUUAGUCAUCCACCAUUUUCUGUGUUUCAGCAGCUUUUUUUUUUCCCUCCCGUUAUCCCCCGGGACAUUUUUUACUCCACCAAUCUUCUGUCAGCCAGCAAUCCAUCCUGUUUGGUCAUCUAAGUCUCUCUCUCUCUCGCUCUCCUCUGCUUCAUGGACCGAUGGCCUGAACUGCAGGCUGACCUCUUUGUUCAUCCUUUUGAGUUUUACGUUGUUCUCCAGCUCUGCCCCAUUGUGUAUUCUGGCUCUCCUUCUUUGUCCAUGCCAAGCUGGCCUGGAGUCAACUUUCAGGGAUUUUGUCUUAUCCUUGGUUUUGUAAUCUGGAAUUUUUCAUAGGCAUUCUGUUAUGUUUUUUUUUUUUGUUUUUGUUUUUUUCUGGUCAUCUCCAUUACUGAUGCAGAACGCUGAGACAGCGCCUCAGGCGCUAAUAUUGAGGGACAGACUUGUACUAGACACAAAGAGCAGUAGUCUUAAAUAUAUAUUCUCCGUUUCAAACCACAUUCUAAAUCUCAGAGGGGAGUGUAGAAUGGCUGACUCUCUCACUCUCUUUUUCUCUUUUUUUUCCAGAAAGGUAGUUUGAUAGAGUAACAAUGAAAAAUUAUCGGAACUUAGUCAGAUAGUAAAGGCAAAUUUGGGAGGCCAAAUAUUUUCUAGUAGAGAUGCCUACAUUUUUAAAUAUAAAUUGAUUCUUUCAAAGACUUUAAAGUAUACUUUUUUCCCCCCUCAUCUUAAAUUCCCAGCAUUGAAACUGAAAUGAAAUAAAAAAAAAAAAUACUUUUA